AUGGCCUGCAUCGGAAUUCUGUCCUACUCUAUGUUAAUCAAUGGUAAACCUUCAGUACCGUUUGAGGCAAGAAAAGGUAUAAGGCAAGAAGAUCCACUAUCCCCUUUCUUAUUUGUUCUGGAAAUGGAGUACCUAAGUAGGUCACUGAAGACACUGAAGGACAAUAAACAGUUUAGAUUCUAUCUAAGGUGUGCCAAAUUCAAUCUAGUUCAGCUGGGAUUUGUAGAUGACUUACUUCUAUUCUGUAGAGGUGAUAUUCUAUCAGUACAGAUACUGCACAAGCACUUCCAACUGUUCUCAGCAGCCUCAGGCCUAAUUGCUAAUCUAAAUAAAAGCUGCAUUUAUUUUGGUAGUGUGAAUAACAUGCUUCAUCAGCAAAAUAUGGACAUACUAGGCUAUAUAAAGGGUGAGCUUCCAUUCAUAUAUCUGGGUGUUCCUUUGAGUACUAAGAGGUUGUCUGCUAUACAUUGUGAACCUUUAAUAGAGAGGAUGUUACGCAGAAUUCAAAGCUGGACCACAAAGUUUCUAUCAUAUGCAGGAAGAGCAGUAGCUGGGGGAUUGAACUUCAUCAAUGUGAAGCUACGGAACAAAGCAGCCAUUUGCAAGUUACUGUGGAGUAUUUGCACAAGGAAGGAGAAGCUAUGGGUACACUGGGUGCAUACUUACUACAUAAAGGGGAACACAGUCUGGAAUAUAGAACCAAAGAAUGCAUCAUGGGCCAUACAAAAGAUUUUCAAAGCAAGGAACUAUUUUGAAAAUGCAAGGCUCUCUGAAGAAGAUGUUCAGAAGAUGGUGAAUGCUCUGUCAAACAACUAUACAAAGCCAUGCACGGAGAAUUUCCAAAGAUGA